CUUCUGGCUCGAUUUAUAGAAACGCCAUCGUAACUUUUCACACUCUCAGUGCAUUUGUCACAGUCUCUCAGCACUGUGCAAAGAAAUGGACAGUCUUCAAGGCGGGAAAGCAUAUGGUUUUCUCAAGUCUCAGCAGGAAGAUAAGCUGAGCUCUAUCAAUGAGGCUUUUCUCUCAGAUCCCCAAUAUGCAGAAGAGGAAGACCUUGCCUCAAAACUUGAAAUGUUUAAAAAAAAGUACAUGGAGUUUGAUCUGAAUGACAAAGGAGAAAUAGAUAUAAUGGGGUUAAAACGAAUGCUGGAGAAACUUGGAUUGGCCAAGACUCACUUAGAGCUGAAAAAGAUGAUGUCAGAGGUGGUUGGAGGAACAUCAAAAGACACUAUCAGCUACAAUGACUUCCUGAAUAUGAUGCUGGGAAAAAGAAAUGCAAUACUAAAACUGAUCUUGAUGUUUGAAGGCAUGGGAAAGGAACAGGAGCAGAAAGAUGCUGGACCACCUAGUCGCAAAACCUUUUCAGACCUGCCCUGAAAGUGCUCUCCAUCCUAAAUUGGACUGAAUGUCAUUAUGACUUUUUUCAGAUUUAAAAAUCAUCUAAGUGCUUCCAAAUUCAUGUCAGAAGGAAAAAAAACUUAUUGUAAAAAGUGUAAUUUUUAUUAAACACUGGAAUCUGCAUAAAAUGUUUGUGCAUCGGCCCUUUGUGAUUAUGACUGCAGUACAGAUUUCCCACAUUAUAGGCAACUAACUUCUUUGUAAAUGCUAUUGUACCGUGGUCUAAUGUUAUGUCAUGCUGCUUAGUUAAAUACAAAACAUAGCUUUGUGAUGUUUUAUGUAUAGGUGAAUACAGGUGAAAACAUUUCACAAGUUCAAAUUUGAACACACACAAAACAUCAACAUAAUAAAACAAUCAGAAAUUCUA